UUUCAUCAAUUAAAUAACUGUUAUACAUUCAAAUCGAAUAAAUUCAACUCUUGUAAUAAUUAGAACAAUUAAAUCUGAAAUCAAUUAAGUCUUGUUACCAAAACAGAAACCUCUUAUGCACGAAACCCAAACAGUUUUAAGACUUUGAUAUAAAGAACGUAACAUUUUUCAAAAGAGUUACAGUAGUUUUGUGGUCUUCUUGGUCCUUUUACGGGCAUCCUUUAAAAAAAAAUGUCGGUUCAAAUUGAAAAUCUUCCUUUGUACUCGUUUACAGCAAAGAUUUUGAAAUUUUUUGCAUAUCUCGUCGAUGAUCAUUGGAGAUGCUAUAUUUUUCUCUUUAUAACUUCAAUUUUUAAUUUAUUAGAAAUUAUUUACGUUGCCACAUCGGAUAAUGAACUUGCCCAAUUGGUUAUUAAUUUAUUCUUGGUUGUAUUAUGGUUAUCGACAAAUAUGCGGGCAUUUGUUUUGAUUAUCAGUCGUAAGGAAAUGAAUUUGUUUUUGAGAGAAAUACAUAAAAUGUACAGUGAUAUUAUGAAAUAUGGUGAUUCAAAUACGAAAGCAAUGCUGCUGGAAUGUACAAAAUCAGCAAGAAGAUUUUCCCAUUUCAAUUUACUUCUAGGAUUUUUUACUUGCGUUGGAAUGUUUGCAAGUUCUGGAAUGGGAACUCGAAGAGAUCUUAUCUAUGACAUGUAUUUACCAUUUUACAAUGACAAAAAACUGGAAACGCCAUGUUUUGAAAUCCUUUUUGCUACACAAUUUGUAUUGAUUCCUGUUGGAUGUUGCAUGUUUGUACCGUUUCUAAGUCUCAUAAUUUCGCUGGUAAUGUUCAAUAUAUUUCUGUGUAAAGUCUUACAAUCGGAGUUUAGAAGUCUAAAAGAAGGCAUUCCAAGAGAAAUGGUGUGUGAGAAAAUUUCAAAAUGCAUUAAUUUCCAUAAUAAAAUCAUAAGCUUUGUUGCGAGUAUUAAUAAUUUGACAACAUUCGUGUUUGCAAUUGAAUAUGUAUUUUUUGGAGCAUUAAUGUGUGUUUUACUAUUUCUACUGGUUAUCGUGAAAACACUCUCUGAACAACUUAUUAUGUCCGCUUACAUAUCAAUGAUUUUUGUACAACUAUCGGUCACAUAUUUCUUUGCAAAUAAUUUAUUUUUUGAGAGCCUUUCUGUGGCAGAUGCUGCGUAUGAUACGACUUGGUAUGAAUAUAACGGUAAAACACGGUUAAUGUUAAUGCUUAUAAUACAGAGGGCACAAAAACCAAUUUGUCUCACGAUGGGAAAUUUUCAUCCGAUGACACUCGAAGUUCUUACUACUUUGCUAAACUUCUCGUAUUCCUACUUUACAAUUUUAAGAAACAUGAUGGAGUGAAAAACUUUAAAAAAAAUUUGAACGAUUUGUUGAAUGUUCCGUGAAAUGAAAUUAUCUGACACGAAAAAUCAAUAUGGAUCA